CUUCGUUGUAACUCCCUAUAGAACUGUAAGUGUUGUGUCAUACUGUCUUAGCAAAAGCAAGAAAACUACAAAAUCUGAAAGCAAUUGAAAAGGGAAGAUUUUAGAGAAGAAAAUACCUAAAAAAUUUGUCCAUGGUUCAAUUGAAGUGAAUUACGAGCGUAGAGCUUCGGUUUUACAGAACAGGAAAUGAAUCCAUGUGAAAUCCGAGAAUCCAGCUUUGAUGAAGCAAGACGGCUUCAAGAAGUAGAACGAGUAUUGAAAUCAGGUUGGCUGAUUAGAAAAAGUCAUUCUACUACGACAGGCAAACACUUAUGGGGCGUACUUCGCAGAGAGAAAUUGUCCUUUUACAAAGACGAAAAGGAGUAUAAAACAAAACUUAUUUUUCCAACGCAAGACAUCUCAGCAGUUGCAUAUUACAGAGAGAAAUCUCCGAAAUCAUUUUAUUUGUAUUUAAACGAAAAAAUUAUACGAUUUAUUGCUCCCUCAAACGUAGAAGCUGAAAGUUGGGUACGAGUUUUGAGGACGACAACUGCCUACCGUGCUCCAUUUUCCAGGCAUCCUUUACGCUUUGCUCUAAUUUCAUCUCCUCCUACCACAGCAAGCGGUUCUGAUGUUUUAGUCUCCGAUAAUGAUUUUGAAAACUACUCUUCUUCUCAUACCAACAUUACUCACGGCCCCUCCGCAACUGAUGAUGGCUUCCCAAGUUAUUAUUGUACUUCAUUGUAUGAUUUGACUCAAUUGGGGAAGUUGAGACCUCAAGGCGUACCCCAGCAAGGCGCCAAACAUCCAUUUCACACACUGAAUAAUGAUAACCUCCGAAAGCACAAACAUUCUUCUUCAUUACAAAAUUUGUAUAAAAUGCUCGAUGAAAAUAAAGUCUUAAUGCAAGGACCCAUAUAUUGGCGUCACGGGAAUAUCCAUCGCUGGUCAAAAUGUUGGGCAGUAGUUCGCGGUAAUGGUAUGACAAUUUACAACUCUAACAAGGAAUACAAGCCUGUUAAACUUAUCCCAAUCACAGAGAUUCAAGAUAUUGCCGAGGUCAACUUCUUUGAAAAAUCCCAGAAGUACAUAUUUAUUGUUAUUACACUCAACAAGCCAAUGGAAUUCCGAGUGGAUGAUGAAGACACAUUGAUUCUCUGGGUGGCAGCAUUAAAAACGUCUAUCGACAGAAACACUGGAGUAUUUCAUCCCUAAUAAUGCUAAUCUUAGUCGUUGGAAGUUCCUUGUUUUUUUUUUUUUUUCUUUUUUUUUUUCGAAAAUAUUCGUACAACGAGCAUAUUUGCAGUAAUCCUUACCAGUUCUAUUAUCCACAUCCGUUAUUCUUCAUCUCAUUUUUGAAUGAAUCAAAAAAACCAGCGAUUCCU